GGGAGUCAGCUGCUGGAAGAAUUAAUUAGGGACGUGCUGUUUUCUGGGCAGCGGAGCUUGGGUAGAGGCAUCCAAACCUUUGCCGGCCGCGCUAUUUUAUUUUUACUACAUUUUCUCAGGUUGUAAAAAUAGACGACGGGCGGGUUGUUUCUGAGAGUUUUCUAGCAAGGAGCGCGUUCAAGGCCAGGCAGGCUGUAUAACAGGUUUCUGUUUGAACAGCCAGAGGUGAGACGUCAGAGUGUGGUCCUGGUCGGGUUCCAUUCAUCUCAUCAGAGAGAGGGACAGGGUCACCUAAGGCUGACGGAUGAGUCCCGGGCCUGGAGCAUGGGUGCUGGCUGGGGGCUUCUCUGUGGCCUGGGGUGCUGAGGGCAGCAGGUACUCACCCCACAGGUUUGUCAUUUUUGGCAGGAGCCGUGUGUGUGUGUGUGUGUGUGUGUGUGUGUGUGUGUGUGUGUAGAGAAUGGGAUUUUGUGGUAACACAGUUAACUCUUCAAGGACCUUCCAUGUACAAUGGCUGAAGAGCAUGUCAGGUGUUGUUGCUAAUGAGCUCUCUCUCUCUCUCUCUCUCUCUUCCCAUCUUACAAUGAAAGACAAGCCAGACCCCAGACACCUGGAUGGAUUGAGAGCUGAAAUCUCAGAAACUUCAUAAUAAGUUGCUGAUGGCUACCAGCCAAGGCUGGAGGGUUGUUUGGCAGCUGUGUUGACCGCAUCACACAUUAAGGCCCCUUUAAAGACCUGGAUUGAUUGGACGGACAAAAAUUAAAAGCAAUCUGAUCUGGUCUCAUGCUGGAUCCCGGCGGAUUUUCUCCUUAUCCCAUUUCCAUCCAUUGUCACAAUUUGAGAAUCUGCCUGAUUUGAUCAGAGUCACCUCCGGGAGAGGUGUGAUGCCAAGGUUAGGAGGACGCAAAGUUAUGGGCAACUUUUUGAUCUGCCCAUCAGCAGUCUGAGAAACGCUGGCUCUGAAUUUUCUCUAUCAGCCUUUCGGGGAAAAAAAGUUCCUUGCUGUUUGCAAACCUUCAGCGCUUGAGAUCCUGGGACAUCCCUGCCACCAUCAUCCAGUGGAUGUGGCAUUUCCAUGCGGAAGCUGCGAGUCCCACCUGACCCCCUUGCUGCCUCUCCAGGACCUCUCCUGGCCGCGCCCCCAGGCCUGCGCAGCCAUGCUGCACCUGCUGGUCCUCUUCCUGCACUGCUUCCCGCUGGCCUCUGGGGACUACGACAUCUGCAAAUCCUGGGUGACCACAGAUGAGGGCCCCACCUGGGAGUUCUACGCCUGCCAACCCAAGGUGAUGCGCCUGAAGGACUACGUCAAGGUGAAGGUGGAGCCCUCGGGCAUCACAUGUGGAGACCCCCCUGAACGGUUCUGUUCCCACGAGAACCCCUACCUGUGCAGCAACGAAUGCGACGCCUCCAACCCGGACCUGGCCCACCCUCCGCGGCUCAUGUUCGACAAGGAGGAGGAGGGGCUGGCCACCUACUGGCAAAGCAUCACGUGGAGCCGCUACCCGAGCCCGCUGGAGGCCAACAUCACCCUGUCGUGGAACAAGAGCGUGGAGCUGACGGACGACGUGGUGGUGACCUUUGAGUACGGCCGGCCCACGGUCAUGGUCCUCGAGAAGUCCCUGGACAACGGGCGCACGUGGCAGCCCUACCAGUUUUACGCCGAGGACUGCAUGGAGGCGUUCGGCAUGUCCGCCCGCCGCGCGCGCGACAUGUCCGCGUCCAGCGCCCACCGCGUGCUGUGCACCGAGGAGUACUCGCGCUGGGCCGGCUCCAAGAAGGAGAAGCACGUGCGCUUCGAGGUGCGGGACCGCUUCGCCAUCUUCGCCGGCCCCGACCUGCGCAACAUGGACAACCUGUACACGCGGCUGGAGAGCGCCAAGGGCCUCAAGGAGUUCUUCACGCUGACGGACCUGCGCAUGCGCCUGCUGCGCCCCGCGCUGGGCGGCACCUACGUGCAGCGCGAGAACCUCUACAAGUAUUUCUACGCCAUCUCCAACAUCGAGGUCGUGGGCAGGUGCAAGUGCAACCUGCACGCCAACCUGUGCUCCGUGCAUGAGGGCAGCCUGCAGUGUGAGUGUGAGCACAACACCACAGGUCCCGACUGCGGCAAGUGCAAGAAGAACUUCCGCACCCGCUCCUGGCGUGCCGGCUCCUACCUGCCGCUGCCCCACGGCUCUCCCAACGCCUGUGCCGCUGCAGGCUCCUUUGGCAACUGCCCCGCCGGGGUGCCAGUGGGCGGAGAGGGCACCAGAAGGAAGCUGGAGCCUGGAGGGGAUGCUGACCUGCACAGCCAUUGUAAGUUGCUUCUCGGCAGUCUUCCCACCUCUGCUGACUUCCCCACUCUCUCUUGCUUUUCCAAUCUCUCAUCAGGCAUUGGCAGGUCCGGGAAAGACCCUGUCCCUAAAGGCCCCAUGGCCACUGUGGCUAUGAGGGGGGAACCGACCACUCCUGCCCCCUCCACAUCCACUGCCAGGGCCCCUGUGGCCCUCAGGCCCCCACAGCCCACAGAGUGGACCAAGCCAUCCACAGCUGUCCCCCUCUGGGAGAGCCCCCCCUGGCCUCAGGUGUCCUCCAGGGCAGAAGCUGAGGGCGUGUCCACAGCUGCCCCUGCCCCUCCCCCUGCCAAGAGCUCCAAACUUUUCCAGCUCAAGCCCAAAUCUCCUCAAGUGAUGCCUAUUGAAGAAUUCCAAGACUGUGAGUGCUACGGUCACUCCAACCGCUGCAGCUACAUUGACUUCCUGAAUGUGGUGACCUGUGUCAGCUGUAAGCACAACACCCGCGGCCAGCACUGCCAGCAUUGCCGUCUGGGCUACUACCGGAACGGCUCGGCUGAGCUGGAUGACGAGAACGUCUGCAUCGAGUGUAACUGCAACCAGAUCGGCUCUGUGCACGACCGGUGCAACGAGACCGGGUUCUGCGAAUGCCGCGAGGGCGCCGCGGGGCCCAAGUGCGACGACUGCCUCCCGACGCACUACUGGCGCCAGGGCUGCUACCCCAACGUCUGCGACGACGACCAGCUCCUCUGCCAGAACGGCGGCACCUGCGUGCAGAACCAGCGCUGCACCUGCCCGCGCGGCUACACUGGCGUGCGCUGCGAGCAGCCCCGCUGCGACCCGGACCACGACGGCGGCGGCGGCCUGGACUGCGACCGCGCCCCCGGGGCCGCCCCGCGCCCCGCCACCCUGCUCGGCUGCCUGCUGCUGCUGGGGCUGGCCGCGCGCCUGGGCCGCUGAGCCCCGCGCGGGGUCCCGGGCACCGGGCUGGCGUCCAGGCCCGGCUGCUCCCAGGUGCUAUCAGCGGUGCUUCCGCCCCGCGGCCUGCGACCCGUCUUAGUCUUUCUUUUUUUGUUUUUCUUUCUUUCUUUCUUUUGUAUUAACAUUACCGCCCGCCCCUUUCCUUUCCUUUCCUUUCCUUUUUUUUUUUUUUUUUUGCUGGUGGUGAAAGGGGUCGGGAGAAAUGCUGCUCGCCCCAGCCCCCCAAGUCCUGUCUCCCCCACACCUACACACGGACACAGGACUGUUGCAGACACCCCACGCCUAUCGGGGCUCACCAUCGGCGUCGACUGGAGUCCCAGUUGCCCUACAACUGUGGUGGGCCACUUGAUUCUUUUCUAUUCUUUAUUUUCCGUCCUACUCACCAGACCCCAGGUCCCACAUGAGGCCUGGUGACCAGAACUUCACCAUCUGAAGGAGGGGUUGGGGGGCUGGGAACUUUGUUUUGUAGAGAACUAUUUUUGUUUGUAUUAACUGUCCCUUGUAAGGAGGGACAGGUGGGGCCGCUGGUCACCUGGGCGUUGAUGGUGUAUAAUCCCGGAGUAAAGAGUCGCUCACUGCU